AAAAAACAUGGCUGCGCCCAGGUUGACUUUAAAUUGUUGACGAGGCAAUUUUUUUAAAACUUCUUUUCUGCUCAGAAGGACGGCAUAAAAAUCACGCGAAUUCCAUUCAUCCACCGAUGAGAAGAUUCAAUUCCGUCAUGGCUAGAAUUUACCCGACGACGGUUGUGGCUUUGAUGAUCAUCGCUGUAGUCGUCUACAUGCUGGUGUUCUAUUUACCCUUGCCAUCCAACCAGGGAGACGACAGAAAACCAAAAGAUGUUUUAGCAGCCAAGCCGGACGGACCCCUCCUCCUCGCCCCAGCCCAUCCCAAGAGGAAUACCAGCAAAGGGUCCAAGUCGGGCCUCAGAAAAGCCCCCCAGCUGCACAAACUGUCUCACAAAGGCAAGGAUGUGGUCAACGUGGUGGUGUGCUCGGACGAGAAGACGCUGGGCGGCCUGAUCGCCACGGUGAACAGUAUUUGGCUGAAUACCAAGUCCCACGUCAAAUUCUACAUCAUGGUGGACAAGGAAUCCUUGCUGCAUCUCAGGUCAUGGCUGGCCAUACCUGCCCUACGGGAUAUUGACUACACUAUGGUGGCAUUCAACGAGUCGUGGGUAAAGGGAAGAACGCAAGCCAAAGAUGUGAGAAGAGAAUCCGUUUCGCCGAUGACAUUUGCACGCUUUUACUUCACCAAAACGUUUCCGGCUUUGACAGGCCGCGUGAUCUUCAUUGACAGUGAUACAAUUGUACAGGGCGACAUUGCCGAGUUGAACAACACGAAGAUGGAGCCGGGGGUGGCCCUAGCCCUAUCUGAUGACUGUAGCUCCUCCUCCAGCAGGGCAAGCCUUCGUCAGAACGUAUACUCCAACUACCUGAAUUUCCUAAACGAGAACAUCAAGAAGCUAGGCCUGAACCCCAUGGCCUGCUCCUUCAAUGCUGGGGUCUUUGUAGCCAACGUCACCUUGUGGAAGGAGCAGAAGAUUACCGAGAGGCUGGACUACUGGCUCAGCAUCAAUGCAAAGGAGGAUAUCUGGAGUACUCAGAGGGGCGGAGGGAACGCUGCCCCGCCCAUGAUGAUAGUUCUUUACAAACAGCACACAGACAUCCCUCCAGAGUGGCACGUCAGACAUCUUGGUGUGACCUCCGGAACGCGGUACUCGGAAAACUUUGUGAAAUCGGCCAAGCUCCUGCACUGGAACGGCCACUUCAAGCCGUGGGGCCGGACUUCCCAGCACACCCUGGUCUGGGAGAAGUACUUCCUACCUGACCCCAUGGGCAAGUUCAGAUUGGUCCGAAAGUACAAGGUGGAUUAAAAUCUAUAAAACAAAGAAAAAAAAGAAAACAGACACAGGGUACAAGUCAUUCCUCAUGCAAAUAUGAUUUAAAGGUCGAGUACAUCAUUUGUCAUUCGUGCAUUUUUUUCGUUUGAAGCAACAAAAGUGCUCAAAUCUAAAGAAGGGUGUUUAACAACUAACCUGAUGAAGUUUCAGCUCAGUGAAUACUGUACA